GUGGCCGCGGCCCCGAGGGAGACCCGGGCGGGCCCCCACUCCCUGAGGACUUUCCACACCGCGAUGUCCCGGCCCGGCCUCGGGGAGCCCCGGUACAUCGCCGUGGGCUACGUGGACGACACGCAGUACGGGUGGUUGACAGCGACUCUCCGGGCCAGAGAGUGGAGCCGCGGGCGCCCUGGGCGGAGCAGACAGGGCAGGAGGAGUGGGACUGGAGGACGAAGAUCGUAAGGCAGAACAUAGUGUGGUCCCGAGCGCAGCUGGACGCCCUGCGCGGCCUCUACAACCAGAGCGAGACCGGCUCUCACACCCUCCAGAGGAUGUCUGGCUGCGACGUGGGCCCCGACGGGCAUCUCCUCCGCGCGUACAGACAGUUCGCCUACGACGGCACCGAUUACCUGGCCCUGAACGAGGACCUGCGCUCCUGGACCGCGGUGGACACGGCUGCUCAGAUCACCCGGCGCGAGUGGGAGGCCCAGGGUGAGGCAGAGAAAUUCAGGAACUUUGAGAAGGGCAAGUACUUGAGGUGGCUGCGCAGAUUCCUGGAGCACGGGAAGGAGACUCUGCAGCGCACGGAUCCCCCAAGGACACAUGUGACCCACCACCCCACCUCUGAGUAUGAGGUCACCCUGAGGUGCUGGGCCCUGGGCUUCUACCCUGCGGACAUCACCCUGACCUGGCAACGAGAUGGGGAGGACCUGACCCAGGAGAUGGAGCUGGUGGAGACCAGGCCUGGGGGAGAUGGAACCUUCCAGAAGUGGGUGGCUGUGAUGGUGCCUUCUGGAGAGGAGCAGAGAUACACGUGCCACGUGCAGCAUGAGGGGCUGCUGGAGCCCCAAGUCCUGAGAUGGGUGCCCCCUCCUCAGUCCUCCAUCCCCACCGCGGGCAUCAUUGCUGGCCUGGUUCUCCUUGGAGCUGUGCUCACUGGAGCUGCGGUGGCUGCAGCUGUGAUGUGGAGGAAGAAGCACUCAGGAGGACAAGGAGGAAGCUACACUCAGGCCGCAGGUAAGUGUGGACCGGGGUUUGAUCCCUGAGUCCCUGGGGACAGUGUAAAUGGACUCCAUGGAGGAGUCACCCUCAUCAGUCCCUGCUGUGGUCUCAUCUCUGACCAGGUUCUGUUUUGUUCUC